CCCUCAUUUCUCAGAUAAAUUCGAAAUCCGAUGGCCGGAACCCUGUUCUCGAAGCUCUCCGACGACGUCGUUCUGAACAUCCUCUUCAAGCUCGAGGCGGACCCACGGAACUGGGCUCGGCUUGCCUGCUCCUGCACCAAGUUCUCCUCCAUGAUCCGCAACGUCUGCUGGAAGACCAAGUGCUACAAGGUCAUCCCCUCCGUCGUCUCCGAUCUCCUUACCGGCUCCACCGAGCCUGCCGGCGGCUGGGCCGCCCUUCACAAGCUCGCUGUCUGCUGCCCUGGCCUCCUCCACUCCGGCGUCCUCUUCGAGAACUCCGACUUUGGGCUCGAGCGCGAGCUCGGUCCCGACGAGAAUUACCGGAAGUUGGACUCCAAUCCGGUCGGCGCAUCUCUGGCGGCGAAUCCUCAGACCGAGGCUUCCUCGAGCCAAAUUGGCGCGAAUCAGGAGGUGGGUUCUUGUGGAAAUGAUUGUUCUUGGUCUUUGUUCGAUGAUCUUUAUUUCGAUACGGUCUAUAACGAUUCUGAAGCCCAUCAAGAGCAAGAUAAUCUUCAAUUAGAAUCGGCAGCGGCGGAGGCGGAUCAAGUCGCCGUCGAGAAUGGCGCCAUUCGAGUGGGCGGCGAAUUUUCGAUAUGCAAGAAAAGGAAGGUCUGCAGACCGAUGAGGUCGCAUUUGGCUUCUGGGGUCUGGAAUCUGAGCCGUGAGCAGGGCAACAAGCUUCUCCACAGCCGGUUCCGCGGCGAUCGCUUGUACAUUUGUGAUUGGCCCGGCUGCGUGCACAUCGAAGAGAAGCGAAAUUACAUGCUUUUCAGAGGGCUUUUCAAGGAUUUCAAGGGGUCCCAAGUGUGGAGGACGAUCAAGGAUGGGAACCGCAGCAAGAUUGAUCUGAACUGCGCGUUUUGCGCCUGCAAAGACACUUGGGAUUUGCAUUCUGCAUUCUGCUUGAGGCGGGUUUUCGGGUACCAUGACGAUGGCGAGCCGGUUGUUCGAGCUUAUGUCUGUGAAAAUGGGCAUGUCUCUGGGGCUUGGACCGACCUGCCAUUGUACUCUUGAUAUCUAACGGUUAAAAAUCUCAGAGUACAGAUACUCCGAAGCACCAUGGAGUUUUCACUCUCGAGGAUCCGAGGAGGAAGGAUUGUGUUUUUAUUUCAAUGUAUGUCAGGAUUUUCAAGAGUUGCUUCUGUUAUUGUUGUGUUUUCAAAACCUUCUUCGUUGUGUUUUCAAUAAAGAUGUAUAAUUUCAAUGUCAUGUUGUAAGAAUUGAUAAGAUUCUAAAUUUAAAUCGAGAUUUCGAA